AUGUUAUGCUGGAAGAAGCUGGUCUAUUUAUUUAUGGUGAUCGGCUUGGGAAUUUGGAUGUUGGCAGACUUGAUAGCUUGUUUCUUGCAUAUAAGCAACAUAGAGAGCAUAAGGUACUCAGCAGGAAAACCCUGUUACGGGAUUGUCAAAUUGAAUACGGUUGGCUGUUCAAAAGGGACUCAUGAAUGCUCAGGAGGGGGAAUCUUGAGGGAUCAUGAAGGAAAAGAAAUAUUCGCAUUUCAUGAAUACUACGGUUCUGGUAAUAUUGUAGUUGCUGAACUGAAGGCAUUACUGGGAGGAUUAAAAAUCUGUCUUGAAUGUGGUUAUCAGAAAAUCUGGGCAGAAUUAGAUUCGAAAGUUGUUAUUGAUCUCGUUUCUGAUCCGGAUACAGGUAAUGGAAGUUUCAAGAAAUAUGUAGGAUAA